GAACUGCUAGCCGACGGUGUGUGUUGUUGUUGAAGCAAUGAUGGCGGCAGCGGGAUGCGGAUCAGCAACCGCGGCUGCCGUAGGAGGCCCAGGUGGAACCGCUACGGCCAGAGGUCGUUUCCCCGGUCGGCCGUGGUCGUCACGCAGUCGUUUGCGAUCAGAGAAACGGUGGCAACUGGGACGAUCAGGCUCAGACGGCGAUGAUGUGACUAACGGAGGGCCAAGGCCCGCAAACCUGGUUCUGUCGUUAAACGAAGACCCGUCUCACUUGCGCUUACUUGGAAUAGAGGCGAGCCACCAUACCCUUGGCCAGGCUGGAUACAGCUCUAGUGGGAGUGAAGAGGUGAGGUCCCAAACCGACCCAGGAGGAGAUGACUUCAGAGGCUUUGAAGCUGAGAGAAAACGCUCCAAAGGACCUGUUUUGUCACGGAAAAACCCUUCUAAAGGUGAUGCUGUCAACACAAAAUCUAAACAACAAAGUGAAAAGCUCCCGCUUCAAAUGCCAGCAGUGGAGGCAGAUAUUACCCCACCUGAUUCUGUGAAGGACGUAAAUUCUUUGGAGAAAACACACUGCUUAUCUCCUGAAGCAGAGUCUGCAAAAGACUGCAGGAAAGGUUUGAAAGGAAAAAACACUAUGGACCGACAGUCCACUAAAAGCGGAGCCACAUCAGCAGCACCAAGGAUUACUAUAAAGUUGGUGGCCAAAAAAAAAAUGAAAACCAUAAAGGCGCCUCAUAAAAAAUCACCAAAGAAGGUGAAAAUAAAGGGAAUCCAGGAUCCGCCUAAAGCCGAGGACGACAAGGAUGACCAGAUUUCAAGUGCUCACGUCAAAUUAAAAACUGAACCACAAGAGGAUAAACAUGGCACUGAAGAUAAGGGAGGGGGGACUGAACUCGCAAGAAGGCGCGGGAGAUCAGCUACAAAGAAAACAGAGACUGUCUGCCAAGUUGUGGUUGAUGAUCGAACAUCAAAAGAGAGAAAAUCACCUGAUCAGUUUGACACUGUAAUGGAGAGCGGCACUGUGCAGCCCAAAACCAAUGCAAAGAAAUUAAAGCAUAAGGACAUUGUGACGGAGCCAAGUUCUGAAGUUCAUCAACAAGUAGUUCGUAGGAGCAAUAGAGUCACAAUCCCACUAACUAAAAAAGUCCUAGACAGUACAGCUGAACCAGAAAGUCUGAGCAACAGUGCUGGCAUUCUGGUGGAGUCAAAGCCAGAAGUGGAGACCAAACCACAAGUGAGAGGUGACGGACGAAGACAAAGCAAGAGGCUGAAUAAGGAUGCUACGGUUCCAGAAAGCCAUGGUAGAUCAUCCACAGAGACCGAUCCUUCCUCUGUAACAUCCAGGGAUUUGUCUCUGAAGAACGAGGAUAUGCGAGUCCCAAGUUUAAAGUUGAUGAAGAUCAGAAACCCCAAAUUUGAGGCAAAGGCCAGUGGGAAGAACUCAACUCGAAAGAAAAAGCAGAGAAAAAAAUUUGUCUGGGCUUUAACAUUAGUAAAAGGAGAAAGUCCAACACAUGGUGCUGAAAGCACUGUCAAAAUAACAGAGGAGACUGUAAGGGAAGUGGAUCAGUCCACGUAUUGUGACACCAAUAUCAACAAAAGUUUAAAGGUCUUGGAUAAACAAUUGAAACUGGAUAACCCAGCACCAAAAGAGAGUACAGGUUCGGACAGUAAUGAGAAGAGUUCCCAAAUAAAGGCUGAUGUGUUGGAGGAGAAGUUAGAUUUACAGGUGGAAGUUGAAGUGGAACAGGUAAAUGAGACAACGCCACAAGAAAUUACUAAAAUGGAUUGUGGGAAAGUUCCACCUCUUCAGAUCAAAAAGGUCUCCUCACCUGGCAAACAUAAAAGCUCAAAGCCGUCCUUUUUGAUUCAGCAAGUUAGCCCCGCGUCGGAAAAUGUAGAGGAUGUUUUAAAAGAUCUAAGUGAAGUGCAUGAGGACGAACCAUCAUGUCUGGAUAAUGUAGUCACGCCAACAAGGAGACUAAGGCGGAGGACACCAAGCUUCGAUUCACCCCAACCAAAGUGUGUCGCUCAUAAACCAGUGACUGCACAUAAGCGACGGCUCAGAACGAGUUCACAGGAUAAAGAUGGGCCACCGGAGCGCGUUAAGGAUGCUUCUCAGGCUUCAAACGAUGAUUCCGGUUCAUUUGGUCUUCCUGCAAAAUGCUUGCAGGAUUUGGCCGAGGACCCCUCACAGGUGACCAAUUUAAAUUCUGCUGAAGUUCCUGAAGAGGACUCCUCAAAAGUGGUUGACAAGCCCCCACCGGUACCAGUUGAAGUCACUCCAGAAGAGAAGGAGAAUGAGGUAGAACCACAGAUUGAAGAACCGCAGAUCGAAGAGGCCAAACCGUUGCCCGUGCCUUCCAAACCCAGACGAUGUAGAACUAUUAAACCAGGGAAAAAGCGUUGUGUUCAAAGCAAGACGGCCGUCGUCCCACCUGAAACCGCCGUCCCCGCCGAGAUGGCUACUGUUGAAGCUACUAUCACAGAGUCUGUUGUGGUAUCGGAAGUAAUACAGUCAGACGCUACAGAGUGUGCACAGCUUGAGCCGAAGCAGGACACCGUGUCAGUGGAAGAAAAGCAGAUGUUGUCAUCCGUAAAAGAGGAAACAGAGAUCCAGUUAAUAGAUAGUCAACAUUCUUCGGUGGCAGAAAGUCAGAUAAUUGAUCCAAAACCGCUGUGCCUUCAAACCCAAUCCCACAAAAAAGGAAAUAAGAAGCGCAAAAAUGUGAUUGGGCCACGUCAGAAACACAGGUUCCGGAGCAGAGAUGGGAAGUUUGCUCCACUUAAGCUUUCUGAAAAUCAGAACAUGUUUGAGGGGGACAUUGACAUGUCUGCCCCUGUGGAAGCUGCAUCACCAACUCCCAGCACUAAACUUGUUGGAGUUCAUAAAAAACACAAAAAAAGACCUUCAGGCCUUCAUGUAAUGGGGUCCAAAAGGUCAAAAACCCCUUGCAAAAUAAUUUCUCAGCUGAUGGAAAUGGGGCUUAGUGAUAGUUUGAAGCAGGAAGAAACGGACACAUUAGUCGACGCGAGACAAGCAGAUGUUGUUGAUGCCCAGCCCAGUAAAUCAAAGUUUGUGAAAAACAUCAAGCACUUCAUUAUGCCUGUUGUGAGUGCUAGAUCCUCACGAGUGAUAAAGACCCCGCAAAGGUUUAUGGACGACGCCGGAAUGUCGGUAUUGCCUCGAAGAAACUCUCCCAAAAAGGGUUUCCAAUUUGGCCUGCAAAUGCGUCCAGGAAAGAGGCGGGACGAUGGAAUGGGCAGAGCGAUAUCUCCUAUCCUGCCAAUUGACGAGGAGGAUAUACUGAGUGAAGCGCAGUUGGAUAUGGAUCUGUUUUCAUCUGAGGACCUUGAUGUCGACAUUGAUAUAGCCGAAAGCCUGUUUUCUGACAGCAUAAGUGGCAGGAUUGACAAGAAGUCUAUGCUAAAGAACUCCACUUUCGAGUGGCACGUGCCACGAGAGUCCAGCGAGGAAGUGUACACACUGGACAAAACGUCAGAGGACAAGUGCGAGGAUCUGUAUUUAUCUACAGCCCUUGAAAAGCCCACAGAAGCAUCUACUAACCUGCUGGAUACACCGAAAAAGAAAAGUUUCCUAAAGUUUAAUAAACAAGCAGCUAAGCUCAGGAUUUUUCAAAGGCUCAGGAAGGCACACACAGGACUUCCCAAAAGCAGAAUCCCAGCCGAGAUGGAUCAUGUGAGUAAACCCCUCCAGCCACCUGUUGAUUUAGCAGAGGGACUCGACGACGAGGCCAUGAGCAUCAGCCUCAGGCAGCGGAAUACAAACGCAGGGAAGGACAAAUCCAAGCUCAAGAUAGAAGACCUCGACUCUCCUGGAGUCGUGAGAAAAGUCUCUGUGUGUGUUCGGACUUUGAACUCCAAGUCUCUUGCAUUUCAGCAAGGUGAAAAAGAGACUGUAGAGGGGAAAGACCCAAGCCAAAUUCACUUGGGAGAGCUCCAACCAGAACAGAAGGCAGGUGCAUGUGAAGGCUAUUUUGGAUCCGUGGAGAAGGCAGCCUCACAUAGAGCGCGCCUCACUGGGGCAAAUAAAAGGAUGUUCAAUCUCCUUAGGAAAGCCAAGGUCCAGCUCAUGAAGAUUGACCAGCAGAAACAGCUCAAGUCAUCUGGGCUGUUGUGCGGCUCGACUGGUGCCAGAUCUCGUGACGUGAACUCCAAAAGACAAAGGAGGAAGCAGAGGGUUCAGCUCAAUGCUAAUGUUCCAGUCAAGACAGAACCAUCUCAAGGACAAGCGCAGCUCCUGUCCCCGCUGUGCCAGGAGUUCCGUAGAGCAGGAGGUCCACGUAUCAAGCAUGUGUGUCGUGCUGCAUCCGUGGUGCUGGGGCAGCCUCGAGCCCUGGUACCAGAUGACAUUCCAAGACUCAGCGCCUUGCCUUUGCAUGAAAGAUCCUGCAUUUCCCCUUCAGACAUCACUAAAGAUAUUGGUUCUCCUUCUGAAUCAGACAGCCCUGAACUGUCAGAUCCAAAGUUCAUCAAGACUAAGAAGCAGUCGAAUUUUUCGAAGAGGAAAGGACUCGGACCAUUUGGGUAUCGCUCUCGGAGGUGUGGCGUAUGCAAAGGCUGCAACCACGAAGACGACUGUGGCGAGUGCAUGAACUGCCUGGACAAACCAAAGUUCGGUGGGCCCAAUACCAAGCGACAGUGUUGUGUGUAUAAGAGAUGUGAUCAAAUCGAAGAGAGAAAAGCACGCAGGCUAAGUGGAAGAGCAGCACCAAAAGGUGCCUCUAAACGACGGCGAUCCUCAUUCGGUCACUCGAGUAAUGAUGAAGGGAACGAGGGGGGUGCGGAUUCACCACCUGGUCUCCAGGGUGACGGCCACAGUCCGUCAGUAAGGAAGCAGCCCAAGCGCGUUGUGAAACCCCGCGUUUACUUUGAUCUCGUGGACUAUGACUCAGAUCUAGAUGACGAAGCCGCAUCGAGCUUCGCCUCACCAGCCAGGAGAAAGGGCACCGGGUCCCGUUUCAAUCAAGACUUUGUGUCGCUGGAUGGAUUCCUUGGUGACAUUUCAGAUGAAGAAGUCAGACAUCGAAAGUCCAGCUCACACCGCGUACCACCUGCUCGACGUAAACCCGAGAAGGGUCUCUCAUCUCAGGGUGCUUUGGAGCAGACUCCCCCCAGUGUCCUGGCUGCACUCGCCCAUGGCUUCGAGCAGAGAGACACUGAGUCUUCCAAGCCUACUCAUAAAAUCCGGGUUGACUUCAAGGAGGACUGUACUUUGGAAAAUGUCUGGAAUAUGGGGGGUUUAAGUAUCUUGACCUCUGCACCGCCCUCGCCCCCAUCUGUCUGCUUCCUUUGUGCCAGUAAAGGGCAACAUGAGAUGCUGUAUUGCCAAGUAUGCUGUGAGCCCUUCCACGAGUUUUGCCUCGAUCCAGCGGACCGUCCCUCUCAAGAGAACAAGGAAAACUGGUGCUGUCGUCGCUGCAAGUUUUGCCACGUGUGUGGCAGGAAAAACAAGCACUCAAAGCCAUUGCUGGAGUGUGAACGAUGCCAGAACUGCUUUCAUACUUCCUGUCUGGGACCCAACUAUCCAAAACAAAACAAGAAGAGGAAAGCUUGGGUUUGUAUGACAUGCAUCAGGUGUAAAAGUUGUGGCGUCACACCAGGCAAGAGUUGGGACACCGACUGGAACCAUGACAAAGGACUCUGUCCAGACUGUUCAAAACUCAACGAAAUGGGCAACUACUGUCCAAUCUGCUUCAAGUGCUAUGAAGACAAUGACUAUGACAGUCAAAUGAUGCAGUGUGGCACCUGUAACCACUGGGUACACGCCAAGUGUGAGGAUCUAACAGAUGAGCUGUAUGAAAUCCUGUCCAGCUUGCCAGAGAGUGUGGUGUAUUCAUGUCGGCCAUGCAGUGUGACCCAGCCCAGUGCUUGGAGAGAGCUGCUCUAUAUUGAGCUCAGGUCGGGGGUGGAGAAGGUGCUUGCUUGCUUGCUCUCCUCCACCCUUACCCAGCACCUUGUUGCCUGCUCACAGUGUGAGAAGCUGGUUGAUCCGGGCAGUGCAUUAGAAGGACAGCCAGCGUGUGAUCUCCGAGCUGUUGGCAAGAAGUUUGACAAAGGCCUUUAUACCACUUUGAAAAUGUUCCAUGAAGAUGUGGUUCAGGUUGUGCGAAAGCGGCUGGAGCACGAGGAGGAUCUUCCAGAAGAGCAGAGACCUACCGCCCUGGCACGCUCUUACUACUUAAAGCUCCUCGAAGAAGUAUUUAAUUGGUUCAACAGCCAAGACCCAAAGGUGUGGAACUCUUGUACCAAAGAAUUACCCAUGGGCAUGCUUUCCCACGCCGUCCAUCCUCCCACAACGGAGCACGUCUACGCCCAGUUUCAGGAGAGGGAGGAGCUCUCAUCUCGAGCUCCGCUGGGGCUCCUGCGGGACGACAAUAGACAAAGCUUAAUUGUAAAGGAGGAAGAAGCAGUUUCUCCAUUUUCUGUGGAGCCAAUAAGCCAGAACUACUUCAAAAGCAGCAGGGCUGUCAGGUUCAAAGGGAAAAGUGGCCGCCUUUCAAAAGCUGAUUUGGACACUGGAUGGUCAAAGGAUGAUGAGAGACAGUGCUCUUUGUGCCAAAAAUAUGGAGACCUCAAACCUAAUGACGCGGGCCGUUUGCUGUACUUGGGCCAGAAUGAGUGGGCGCAUGUCAACUGCUGCUUGUGGUCUGCUGAGGUGUUUGAAGAGGACAAUGGCUCUCUGCUACAUGUGCACAGUGCUGCCACAAGAGGCCGCUUGAUGCGGUGUGAACGCUGCAACCAGACGGGCGCUACAGUUGGCUGUUGUCUGACAUCUUGUCAAAGCAACUAUCACUUCAUGUGUGCCCGCUCCCGUCACUGCGUGUUCCAGGAGGAUAAAAAGGUCUAUUGCUACAAACACCGACAUCUCAUCAGUGGCAAGAUGGUUACUGGUCAAGAAUUUGAAGUCAACCGCAGGGUAUAUGUGGACUUUGAAGGGAUCAGCCCCCGCAGAAAAUUCUUGACUGGACUGGAACCAGAGUUAAUCAAUGUGAUUAUUGGUUCCUUACACAUAGACCAACUGGGUGUGCUGACAGAGCUUUCGGCUCGCAAAGGGAUACUGUUUCCUGUGGGUUUUAGGUGUUCUCGUUGGUACUGGAGUACAGUUAAUCCAAUGCGCCGGUGCAAAUAUACAUGUACAGUGAGAGAGGUUCGGCCGGUUGUCCCCGAGAAGCCUAUAGAGGAGAUGCCUGACCAAGGGGACAAUAAUACAAUUGUCCACAGUCCCUGUCCACUAUCUGAAUCUGAGGCCCAAGAGAAUGAAAUAACGGAACCCCAACCCCCAACAGAGGAAUCAUUUAUCUUAGGGCCCACCCCCAAGUCAGAUCAUGGAGCAAAGCCAAAGAUUCCCCGAAGACCUACUGGAGGAAUGUUUCGUCCCCUCCCGUCCCCAGGAUUAAAACAGUUGAAACCCCACCACAUAUUAACCAUAAGUGAUCUGGAGGACACGCAAAGAGUUCUUCGCCACAACCCGCACUUUCAGACAACAGGCCUUCACAGUCACAUGCCCCCUCCACCUCUGGGUCCUCUGAACGGACCAAUUACUCUGCGUGCUGGAAAGUCUUCCGUGCCCACCUCCCCGCUUCUCCCACUUGGCGCUCCAGACAACCUGAUAAAUUCCCCAUCGUCCCGCUCAGUCGGCGGUAGGAAUGCCUCCUCGGUCCGAUGCCCUGGGAAUACGAUAACCCAUUGUACGUCAUCUCUCUUUCCCCAGUCACCCUGGCAGGACAGCGCAGCAAGCUUCCCUUCACCAAGUCUAUCUUUCUCCCCAACGAUACCACAUUUACCCAGAAAUCGCUUGUCAUUUGAUCUGAACCAGCCAGAUUCAGUCGAGGUGCCGCACAACUUUCUAGCAUCGCCAGAACCUGAAGAUGUCUCUCCAGCAAACGGUACGUCGCCACAGGGGGAUCUAGAACAACAGAAGGAAGUGGAGGAAUUCCCCUACAGUUCUUUCCUCAAGGAUUCCAACGUGAAUCUGGCCCAAGAGAUGAGGACCGAACUGGAGAUUGAAGAGACCCUCCUGAACGAAGGCGUGGAGGUGAACUGUGGGGGACAAAUACUGGUGGACGGUGAUGAUCGGGAGGAGUUUUGGGAAAGAGCCCAAGAGGUACACAAGAGGAAGACUCUAGUUGCCAACCUUCCCCGGUCGGCAGCUUCAGCCAGGGACGACUUAAGCAACACCUCCUCAGAUGAUGAUAUGGAGCACUAUUUUGACUUCUCGCGGACAAUAGUCAGCUGUCCCGGAUCAAAAGAUCAUUCCAAAUCUCCCUCCUCUCCUUCCACCCGUUCUAUGGCUCAGCUAGAUGGUGUCGACGACGGUACAGAGAGUGAUGCAAGUGUAGUGGCCACAGAGGAUGCCCAAAAGGUUCAGUGUUGUAGUAAAGCUCAGAUACAAGCCCAAAUCCUCAAAAAUACCCCUGACUCGAACACUAUAAACAGCACACAGGGUGUCCUCAGUCUGCUCCCCAAAACAUCAUCCAAUGAGCAGCACACAGAUUCCUCUGUCACCGUAACGUUUGCCAGCAAAAGUCAAACAGAUAGUUCAUAUCAAGACUCAAAUAAGGACGGCAUGGUAUUUGUGGCUCCUCUAACUUCCAAAACCUCAGAGGAUUUAUUUCAAGGUUCCAGUUCAGGAUCUGCAUCUGGAACCUCUUUUGUUCUUGAGAGAUGUGAAACUCGUCUACACUCAGCUGAGAUGGUUCCUUUGCUAGAAGGCACACUGCUGGAGACCCAACAAUAUGAAGCUGGUAAACCCCUGAGCUCGGAGCCCAACAGCAGCCAAUCCACCGUUUUGGUGAACCACUUGACAGCUAAUCCAAUGCUGCCGUCAUUAGCAAAUUCUGCUGAUAAGAGUCAGGGCGCCGUGCUUGACCGGCAGCCUUCUCCUGUGAUGUCUACAGAUGUACACAACCCCUCUCAGGGCCUCCUAGACUCUCUGCAGAUUUUCUCCAGUUUACCGGGUUUCAGUAAACCUUUAACAAACAUAACCCUUCAGCCAGUAACAUCCUCCCAAGAGUUAACCUUCCCAUCCUCGGGCCAAUCGUCUGCUAAGCUAACCACCCUCGGCCCAGUUGUUGACGUGACACGAACGUUGCUCAAUGCCACCCCUCAAAACGAUCCGGCGCUAUCAGCCAUGCCAGGCGCUGGCCCCCCAUCAGGAACUUGUGCGACUUUCUCUCUACCCAUCUACUCCACACAGCCCAUGUGCUCAACAGCCGUCACCAUUGUUUCUUCCUCUGCGUCAAUGGCGUCUCUCUCUAUGCUUUCAACCCAAUGCUCAACAGCUCCGACGUCAGUCCAAACCGCCUCGGCCCCGCUCAUCCUAAAUGGUUACAGCUCUUCGUCUAUGCAGAAGGAUGCUGCGUCGGGUCACACGAUCUCCAUCAACUUCUCCACAUCCAGGCCAGCUCUAGAACCUCAACACCCGGUGGUUUCCCAGACUUUACCUGGACACGCUAUUCUCACUGUGAAGGAGGUGGGAGGUCCCAAUGUAGAUCCAACACCACAUGUCUUGCUGGUGAACCGCCUCGGGCAGAUCUUUGUGAAGAACCCUGAAAGCAACACUUUUCAGCUUCCCACUCCUAGCUCCUCUUCCUACAACUGUGUCACUCAGAUCGCCAGCCUCUUGCAGAGCAAUGCGCUGUCGGCCACACUAGCAGCUGCCGGUAAUAUGACUCCACCUCCCGGGGCCAGCGGCGCCACAGCGGUCCCUCCACCCCCGGUUCAGAGUCCGACUACAAUUGCACAGCUGCUCACUCACAAUAGCAACAUUGCAGUGACAUCGGUUGAUGUUAAGAAGCUAAAAAAGAGUGCAAAAACACCAAAGCAUGAAUCUGCUCUCGAGUUUAAAAAAGCAAAGAAAAAGAAGGAUUCUGGUGGAUCCAAGAAGUCCAAGUCGUCUAAGGUGUCAGCGCCACAUCCUGCUCCGGCAACUGAGAAUCAUCCCAUGACGCCUGCCGAAAGUGCCCAGUCCAUCAUCAAUCAAGCAAUGGCGAGUAAUUACACCCCUAAGUGGACUGGGCUUCGCACACUAAGCCCUUCCUCGCUGGUUUUACCACCCGGGCUACUCAUUGAACCGGAGCCUCCAGCAGUGCCUCGUUCUCCACCAGUAGCGCCGACGCCACCCCCGGCAUGCCGGCCACGCACGCAUGUCCGCAUGAAGAGGGUCUCGUCGCUUUCAGACCGCGUUGUCCCAAAGAAGUCUAAAGUGGACUUCCUGAAACCAGAGCCCCCCAGUGAGGACGAGGAGCAGCGCAGGCCGGUCUUUCCGAGCCUCUCCAGCAGAGCGUCAGGAGUCCGCAUCAAGACCCCAACGGUGAAAGAAGUGCUGGACUUGGACCGGUUAAAGGAGGAGCAUUUAGGUGAUUCUGAAAGCUCAGGAUCGGAGCCUUGGGAUUAUAUGUCUCCGGGUGAACAAGGCCAACCGCAAUCAUGGGAACCCGUGGGACACAGCACACUGACCGACUGGAAGAAAUACUCUGGUGCCGCUUCCACCUCCGAUGAUGAACCACCAGUGUCUGACGAGGAUGAGGAGUUUCCAACUAACCGAGACCAGCCACACUUAACAUUCGAGAUAACCAGUGACGAUGGUUUCAGUGCAGAAGCAGACAGCAUUGAGGUGGCAUGGAAAGCCGUGAUAGAUGGGGUGCAGGAGGCACGCGCUAUUGCGAGGUUGAGACCUCUGACCUCUCAGAGGCUCACCGGCGCCCAUAUGCUGGGUCUGGUCCGUGAUGCAGUGGUAUUCUUGCUGGAGCAACUGCAAGGAGCUCAUCGCUGUCAACGCCAUGCCUUCCGAUUCUUCAAACAGUUCACGCAGGAGGACGAACUCCCUGUCAACCCUAGUGGCUGUGCUCGGUCUGAGCUGUAUCUCAGGAAGUCCACAUUUGACAUGUUUAACUUCCUGGCUUCUCAGCAUAGACAGCUUCCUGAUACUGGGCCUUAUGACGAUGAGGAAGAUGAGGUUCUUUUGAAGUCCACAAGACGGGCUACUAGUUUGGAGUUGCCCAUGGCCAUGCGUUUCAGACAUCUGGAAAGAACAUCCAAGGAGGCGGUCGGUGUUUACAGGUCUGCUAUCCAUGGGCGUGGUCUCUUUUGCAAGAGGAACAUUGAAGCAGGAGAGAUGGUUAUCGAAUAUGCGGGCAUCGUCAUUCGCUCGGUGCUCACUGACAAAAGGGAGAAGUACUACGAUGGCAAGGGCAUUGGCUGCUACAUGUUCCGCAUUGACGACUUUGACGUGGUGGACGCCACCAUGCACGGCAACGCGGCCAGAUUCAUCAACCAUUCAUGUGAGCCUAACUGCUACUCCCGGGUGAUCAACGUGGAAGGCCGGAAGCAUAUCGUCAUCUUCGCUCUGCGUAAGAUCUACAGGGGGGAGGAGCUCACCUAUGACUACAAGUUCCCCAUUGAAGACGCCAGCAGCAAGCUCAACUGCAACUGCGGGGCCCGGCGAUGUCGGCGCUUCCUCAACUGAGAAACCACUCGUACGAAACUGGGAGGAUCCCGUCUAGUAAGCCUUAAAUUAAGGUGGUUUUGGGAGGCGAGCAGUCGGCCGUUGGCACAGAUGGGGAAUUCGCCACCGAGAGGCCGGUUGGAUAUAUUUAGCAGGUCAGAAGUGAUAUUUAGACAUUAUGUGGAUUUCAGAAGAAGAUGGAGGACGAGCACAGAAAGUUCACAUCAGGCGAGUCUGUCCCUCAUCUGUGAAACAGCAUCACAGCAGCGGUAAAUGUGGUUUUUGUGUUGAUGACAUUCAAACCAGAUGUUAAAAUUGUUUGGGGUUCCUUGAUCUGUACGGAUGACACCCAGAUCAUUUCUUUAAAACACACGUUAAGCCUUAUCUGUUAAAAUCAUUGCUGAAAACCUGUUGCGAGGUUUUGAGAUUCCCUUUGUUUUAUUCAUUUUGGGGAGGGGGGGAGGGGGGAAGGAGGGGUGUUGUAUGCCCGUCUCUAUUUCACUUGUAAUCAUGUUCGCUCCAUUCUGCAGUGAUGGGAUCAUUUCCCCAUCUGUGCCGUAGUGAGGUCAGUUUUUGAGCCAUACAUUUACUCAAACUUUUAUUUGUGUUUUAUUUCACAUUUAACACGUUUCACAAUAUUUUUAGCAUUAGACUUUUUUUCUUUUUUCAGAAAUAACAAAACAACCAUGGUGCUAAGCUUGGGACGUUCUUUACUGCUUUAGUUGGACAAAAAUGUCCCUGACAUCAGUUUAUUUACCUGUUAAUUCACCCUGCAAAGACCAUUAAUCCAAUAAUCACAGAGUGUCUGCAAAGUUUCACACUUUAAAUCAUUGGUGUGCAAUGUGUCACUUUCUCACUUCCAAGAUAGAUAGCAAUGUAACGGUUUCAUUUAGUAACGGUGUCAUAUUUAUAAAGACAGGAACUUGUCUUAAAGGUGUGUUUUUUCUCUCUCAAUGUACAGACUAUGUAGCAAACACUACCCAAGCCAAAAGUGAAGAGUUGUGGUGAAUAUCACUUUUUAAAAUAUAUAUUUUACUACUGUCAUGCCAGAUGCUCAUUACCUAUUGCAAUAAGACUUUCUUGCCCAACAGUUGCACACAAACAACCAUCAAACGUACAAAUUAUAUUCAUCUACCGUUUCUUAAUCAGGGAGAGCACUGGUACGAAGCAUCGCCACUGAGUGUAUAUUUAGCUCUCGCACCAAGCUUGCUGAGAACGUGGCGCACAGACUUUAAGGUUUUGCAGAAAAACGUUCAGUCUGAAACGGAUCUGAGAAAAUGCACUCGGCUCCUAUUUGAAAUAUGUUCAAUUGUUGUUCUUGUGUUUAGUGCCGUCGUUGAUGAGACUAAUUGAAUUUACACACUGUUCAAAUUGGAAGUUAUAUUUAUUCAUGUUUUGAUUUAUAUUUUUAAUGGUAAACGGUUGUGCUUUGUAAAAACGGUGACGGUCGAGUCUAUAAUCUCCCUAUUUGUAUCUUUUCUGUUUACAACUGACGUCCUUUGUUUCACUAAUUUACUUGAACUUUCUUUUGGGGCAGUUGUGUCGUGCAUUUAUGCCUUUGACAGAAAUUGAUCUAAAGCAGGAUUUUUUUUUAAAGAAUGCUUUUAAUUAUUAUUUUUAUUUUUUUUACAAUAGAUUACUGACCAUAUUAUAAUCAGCCACGCCAGUAAAGUGAGCACAGUUUGCUUCCCCAAGGCCAUGACCCCCCUCAAC